AUGCCUUUGCUAGCGACUAUAUUAAGGAGCCUCGAGAUAUUUAGCGCCUUACGGAUUACCCCUAUUCAUUUUAAGGAGAGCGUUAAAGAUAUACCAGUUUUUAGACGUGCGGAGUACGAGAAAGACGCUAGCAAAGCGGCAGGAUUCAGAGAAGGGGGAUCUCUCUAUAAAUAUCGAAAGGGUGCUGCCGUAAACUUGAGGCACCUCGACGAGUAUUCACGUAACAUAAUCAUAGGUCAUCGGAAAGGCGGUACUUUUGCCUACUACGUCUCUGUUAGGGAUAACACUCAAUCUGCUUUAUGGAAACCCCGGCGCGCGAUGCUUUACUCAAACUGUCUAAAACACGGUCUCGAGAAGAACCUAGAGCUUGCUAAACUUAAGCAAGCAAGGAAGGCUCUUCGAGAGGAGCUUAUUGGUCGGGUUAGAGCAGUGCGAAAAAGACUCUACGACGAUACUAAAAAGACUAUGUAUGACGAAUUAUUCGGGAAUAUUAGGAAUCAAAUCAUUGAACAAAAUCACCGGGGCAAGCUAGUUAAAUUUAAACUAGAAACCUCCUAUAUACAACUAGAAAGAAGAGUUCUUACUGAACUUGAGUUUAAGAACAGGGAUAUAGACUCUACCGAUGAUACAGAAUUAGUGGAGGACCGUAUUAAAUCAUUAGAACUACGCCUUAGACUGUAUAAGCUUAAUUUCAGUGAUUCUAUACAAGAAUCUAAGGAGAGCUUCACCGACUCUACUGAGAGUAGUACUAGUCUUAAGUGUCUAGUGUGCUUGGGACGCUCUAAUAUCGAUCCGAGAGUGCGGAGGUACUUAUUCUGCCGAAAAGACGCGCUAUAG